AUGAAGAAGAAAAUGGACACCUGUAGAGUAGGCAUACUAGUUCAGACUUGGUGGGGGUAGGGAGGAGACACUACUAAUGAAAAACCCUAAAAAGAUCCAUAUCUUUGACCCAGAAACACUUGUAAAGACGUUUCUUAAAGAAAUUGAUGGAUUACUGCUCACAUUGUGUGCAGGAGAUUAUUUAUAAUGGUGACACACUGUAAGCAACCUAAAUACCCAAUGACAAAGACCUGUUUACAUUACAGGGCAUCCAUAUAAUAGACUCUGCAGUUGUUUAUAAUUGUGUAGAUACCUGCAAAACAUAAAAAUAUGUCCAUAUGUUAUGAUAAAACAUAGUACUCCUAAACAGUAUAGAUAAUUUUAAAAAACAAAUUGAUUACUUGUAGCAAAAAGGUGGAGGACAUAUAUUAAAUAGUUUACAGUAUUUAUCCCUGAGCAAUAUGACUGUGGGUGUUUUCCACUUUCCUCUUUUACACCUUUAUCUAAUGUCUCAUUUUAUCAUUAGAAAAAAAAAAACAGUGAAACUAUUUUCAGCUUGCAACAAACAAAUUUAAAACAAUGUCGAUAGAGGAGAUCAGGAUUUAAGGGAUGACAAGCAAGUGUGGGAGUCAGAUCUGGCUUCCUGGACCUUGCCUGUCUGCUGGGCCUGUCAGCUGACACUCAGGUCACUAUCAGAAGCACUUUUCUCUGUUGAAGUGACUGGCUUUUGUUGCGCCAUCCCCAGGUUAUAAUGGGAGGGGAGGACAGGCCUCAGAGUAGUCAGCGGCAGCCCCGGCUGUUGGUGGGCUGCAGCUCGCCACGCCUCCAGCCUCUGCAUGGGGAACACCAUCAGGGCCCUCGUGGCCUUCAUUCCAGCUGACCGCUGCCAGAACUAUGUGGUUGGAGACCUCCGGGAGAUGCCCCUGGACAAGAUGGUAGAUCUGAGUGGGACCCAGCUACGCCGCUUCCCCAUGCACGUGUGCUCCUUCCAGGAGCUGGUCAAGCUCUACCUGAGCGACAACCACCUCAGCAGCCUGCCUCUGGAGCUGGGGCAGCUACAGAAUCUGCAGAUCCUGGCCCUGGAUUUCAACAACUUCAAGGCUCUGCCCCAGGUGGUGUGUACUUUGAAACAGCUCUGCAUACUCUAUCUGGGCAACAACAAACUCUGCGACCUCCCCAAUGAACUGAGCCUGCUCCAGAAUCUUCGGACUCUGUGGGUUGAGGCCAACUGCCUCACCCAGCUGCCAGAUGUGGUCUGCGAGCUCCGUCUCCUUAAGACUCUGCAUGCCGGCUCUAAUGCCCUGCGUCUGCUACCAGGUCAGCUCCGGCGCCUUCGGGAGCUGAGGACUAUCUGGCUCUCAGGCAACCUGCUAACGGAGUUUCCCCCUGUGCUGCUUCACAUGCCCUUCCUGGAGGUGAUUGAUGUAGACCGAAACAGCAUCCGAUACUUCCCCAGCUUGGCCCACUUGCCAAGUCUGAAGCUGGUUAUCUACGACCACAACCCUUGCAGGAAUGCACCCAAGGUGGCCAAAGGUGUGCGCCGUGUGGGAAGAUGGGCAGAGGAGACCCCAGAGCCUGACCGCAGAAAAGCCAGGCGCUACGCUCUAGCUGAGGAAAGCCAGGAGGCUCAGGCACUUGCCCUGGCUCCCACACUUGCUCCUACCACCUCCUGAGCUUCAGUGGUAGGUCAAUGCCAAGAACCCAACUCCAGCAGAGUGCAAAAGGUUGUUCUGGAACAUUUGGGGUAUCUCUUCUGUAGGAGCUGAUAAUCAGAUGAAAUCUCUAAAUCACACCAAGCAGAAAAAUGUCCUGGCAAACAUCUCUGCCAAAGGGAAGUUGUGUGCCACAGGCAGCCUGCCAACUUCCUUGCCAGAAAACCAGCCUCUCCAAGCAGGUAUUUUGAAACCGUGAAGAGCAAGGGCUGGGACACUGUGGCGUUCUCCACUCUCCAAAAGUGGCUGGUUGUGAGGUCCGUGAGCUCCUGAAAUAAGGUAUUUAUAGUACUCACCUAGAGAGACUGUCUCCAAUCUUCUGCAGGAUGUAUUUUCUUACCAUGAGUGACCACAAUAGUGUGAAAAUAUUACUAAUUCAGGCCACUUAAAAGGGCAUUUCCACCUAAUCAGACUCACAAAAAGACCUUGCUUUUCCCCUGUUCAGUGAAAGCUGAAAAGACCCCUGAUGAAGAAUGCCUCUCGCUGGAGCCCAUCUGACCCUUCAAACUUGACAGUGGUUCAUGGGAACUUAGCUCAUCUUCCCGAAAAGGUUUGACUCAAGGUCUGUUCUCAACUGUUUACUGUCACUGACAAUGCUAGACGUCAUCUAGAAAGCGCAAUCUAUGGCAAUGUGGUCUCUAACAUCACGCCUAGUUGUGACCUGGCUGCCUCUAUGAAGCAAAGCACUCCUAUUUACUCACAUUAACAAGCCAGAGCUGAAUUGAAUCCCCUUCCAUGGAGGGAAGCAUUUCCAGAAUCACACCGGGUUAAAGGCAGUAGGUGAGAAACCUGCUCACUUGAAACAAGGAUGUGGAAAUCUGAACUGCAGGUUCUGGUAUACAUAGAGAAUUUCUGCCUCUUUAGCUUCAGUAUCUAUGCCUUUGUUCUGAUUUGACUUUUGUAUAUAGGGUCUUUUGAUGAUCAGUAUAAAAAUCUAGGUAUUUUAGCCAUUUAUCUAUGUAAAUUGUGACUUUCCCAUGAAUGUUAACUGCUGUCAGUGGGUGAUUUGAUAACA